AUUUAAAGCUUGACCACCACAAGAGUUCACUCAGACACUGGUACAAAAAAGGCUUCAGAAUGGACCAGGUCAAAUACACAGGACAGCUGAUGCACAUUGAGGAUGCCGGCUUGAGACGUUUAUCCCAGGAAACAGUGAAAAAGUUGAUCCAGCACUCUCAGGAGGCAAAGAAGCAAGCGUACUGCCCUUACAGCAAAUUCAGAGUGGGAGCAGCGCUUCUGACAGUUGACAACUGCUUAUUUACAGGCUGCAAUGUGGAGAAUGCAUCUUACAACCUGGGAGUGUGUGCAGAGAGGAAUGCCAUUUCAAAGGCUGUGUCUGAAGGCUACUGUGCAUUCAAGGCCAUUGCAAUCGCCAGUGACCUGUGUGACCAGUUCAUCUCUCCAUGCGGCGGCUGCAGGCAGUUCAUGAGAGAGUUUGGGUCCAGCUGGGACGUUUACCUGUCAAAGCCUGAUGGCGCGUACACAAAAAUGACCGUCAGCCAGCUACUCCCAGUCUCGUUCGGCCCUGAAGACCUGGCUAUGAAGAAAGUCCUGGACAUGCCCGAUGUUUGCUGAGACUACAAUAUAACUUAAAGUGCAAUUACCGCAACUGUUGAUACGUUUUCAUAGUACAAACUUUGCACUACAGUUGUUGAAUAGGUCCUUGUAUUUUAUUGUGGCUAUAUUUUUCAGAAUAUAUUUAUCUCUAGUGCUGAUUGCUUAUUAAUAAUUACUUUUUUUUAUAUUUAAACAGCUAUUAUUACUGGAUUUGCAUUAAUACAUUGAAGCAUGGAUUACAGAAACAAACAUUUAUUAGUUUAUAAUAGAAUAAAGGACAAAUAUCAAAACAAUAUGCACACACUUUAAUAAAUAAAGUUUGCAAAGAGCACUAGAUAUAAUCAAAUGCCAUGAACAACAAAAAUAUGAGUUACAGUGUAAUUGCAAUUAUCAUUAUUAUUAUUUUUCAGCAGCUAAUUAUUUCAUUAUAGAAUAAAGAGAUGAGAUAAAGGGGUCAAACAAGAAGUAUCCAGUGCAAGUUAACUAUACACUUGUUUGUGAUUGAGCUUCUUAUUCCAUGCUUUAUAAUAAAGUAAAUGUUUUACUGGUUUGAGAGUUAAGGCUUCAAAUGGUUAACUAGUGUUAAUAUCCCUUCCAGCUGUGCCUUCCGAUGUUCACGAAGAGGUGUCAUGCAGGUUAGAAUUUGCAUUUACCUCUAAACAUGUUGAGACGUUCAACCACAGCUCAUUAACAUGCACAAUUAAGCAUUCUAAGACCUGUGAUGGUCUUUGUGAACAAUAAAUGCAAUAGCUCAGUGCUGAAACCUACUUAUGCCAAAAGGCUUGUUCAGACGUGGCAUUAGCAUGUGUCCUGGAUGAUCCCGUCACUUUGAAGCCGUCUUAAGAUAUUAUCUGGUUGGACAAUUCACUUACUGUGCCUGGUGUGCCACAAAAACAACCGUGUCUUCACUGCAUGCAAAUCAAAGCGUCCAAAAUGUAUGAAAUGCUCACAGGAUUCAAGCCAAGGCCAGCUCUGAACAGGCACAAAGAAAACUUAAAUAAUAAAUAAAAAAAAAAUGCCUGUACUGGAGUUAACUUCAUAAGAAAGCCAGACCACUAAGGGUGACCGCUACCAUAGCAACGCCGACUUCAGCUCUCCGUGGCGAGGUUAUCGGCAUCAUGGAGGAAAGGCCAGGAAGGGACCUGUCUCCUAGGCAGAGUACCCUCCAUCAGCCUCUCCAUCCACAGUCCCAGCCGGUCUAAUUUGUGGUGUACCUCGAUGCUUGUGGCCCUACUGGUGCCUCUCUUGGAGCCGGCCACAUUUUCUCUGGAAUGGGAUCGGGAGCGAGAGUCUGAGCUGGACCUUGACCUUGACCGGGACUUUCUCCUGCUCUCAGAAAGUGAGGUCUCUGAGACGGACGAGGCAUCGCGAGGGUCAUCUCCGGUGAAGACCGGCCUAAAGUGGCAAAAGUAUUUUUUGUAGCCAUUAAGGGCCAAGACAUGACCGGUGUAGUCUGAAGAAUCCUCAUCCUCAUCAGAAUGGCAACCACUGCUUGCAGUGUCCGCAGCUGAGUGGAGGAGAGUCGGCAUCCAGUGAUGAUGCUUGUCAGCGUUGAGGAAGGAGAAGUGGAUGGUCUGAGUUCUGUUGUGGCGGAAAGGUGUAGGAUUAAUUGUUGGAACAAGCUAAUGUUGUGUGAUGGAGUGUGGAAGGGAGUUCCACACUUGCUGCAGCAAAACGACAUGAAUUUUGGCCAAAGACAGUCGAGGCUUUUAGAACAGACAGCGUAAUGAUGUUACUGGAUCUUAGGUGUUAUGGGAAAGGUGCAAGAGAUUAGAGAGGUGUUUUCCCUGAAGAGCCUUAUGGACAAGUCGAAGCCAGUGAUGAAGUCGCCUGGUAUGGAGGGAGAGCCAGUUUAUAUAGUAUGAUAGUAUAUAGCUUUGUACAAAAUUUUAACAAAAAAACCCGUUACACAUUAAAGUUGUAUUCUUUUUAGAAAAAAAGUGCAAUAUUACAAUAAUGAAGUUGUUAUUUUGAAUGUAAAAAUUCUCAAAACAAGCAUUUGAGAUGAGCAGAUGCUAUCUCUCUAGAGACAUAUAGUCAUAUAUUAAUGACGCAUCAUCAUUAAACAUGAAAAUACACUUCUGGUUGGAUGUUGGGACUAAGCCAGCAAAAGAGGUGACUCAGUGUAUUACUUUCUCAAGAACCGACACAAAAAAUGCACUGUUUGUACUGAUGAAUCCUGUUAAAGUCACAUAACAUGAACUAUUUUGAAAUGACAGUCCCGUUAAUUAUAGUAAAGAUUACAACUUUAUUCUUAUAGUAAUAUGACUAUAUUGCGUUUACCAGGAUGUAUUGUAGAAAUGCAAAUGAAUUUGCAUAAAAUCUGUUUUAGAACAUUAUUCUAAAAGAUGUUUGGUUCAACUGCAUUUGAGUUCCCUGUUGUAGACUAACCUGCAAUUUUGCAAAUUUCAAUUUCCCCAUUUAAUCCUGUAUAUUCCCAUGCGUUGUCCCACGUUUCCAUUACUUCCCCUGGAAAAACGGCUACGUUAUUAAUAAUAAUAAUACUAAUAAUGAUAGAAUCAAACAAGCACAUAACACACAAGGAAUUUGCUGACAUACUGUAUAUGUUUGCUAUACCUGCAAUGACUUACCCUGAGAAAGAAAAGACCUCCUUGGCAAAUUUACGGAGCAGCGCGUUCUUUGACGCAUUGGUCAGCACCAGAACAACGUUGAUAUGGCCGGGCCUCAGCUUGACCAAGUUACUGGUGUACGUGACGUCUGUCAGCUCUGUGACCUCCACAAAAUCCUUCUUGGGAGGACGGCUGCAAGGUCCAUGGACAAGGGGGAAUUACACAAAUGUUUUCCAUAAUCUAUUUACAUUACCUGGAUGACAAUACACAGAUGAGUGCAAAUAUCAGCGUAUAUGUAGACUAUUCUAUCAAAAUGACAGCUAUUUUAAGACGACUACUACAUUCGGACAAAUAUCUCACUGUCACAGAUGAUGAUACAGACUGUUAAUUCAAGUUCAUAUUAGUGCAACAUGACCCCUACCUUUUCCUGAGCUUCUCUUAAGUGAAGUGGAUUGACAAUGACAAAGGAAAUUUGAAAAUAUAAUUGCUGAGAAUUUGGUAGUUUUUGCCUAAUCCUGCUAAUAUACACCAUGUAUGGCGAAUGAAUUGAUUAUUCUCUUUGGCAGAGUUCACCUAUUCUAAUUUCAUUUAAUGUUUGCUUUAUGUGAUAACAGUUACCUUGAGGUAUUGGCUCUGUUUGAUGCAUCCUGCUCAGUUUGAGGUUGCUCCUUUUGUGCUUGUUUCCGGGGUUCGCUCUCACUUGGUUCACUAAAAAAAAAAAAAAAAAAAAAAAAAAGAUAAAUAAGUCCCACUAACCACUAUGCUAAAGGAGAACCAUUCCUCUCUAACCUGAAGGCCUGGAUGAUGACAGUCCCAAAAAGAAUGAAGAGAGCUGAGAAGAUCAAUGACAGGAUGGGCAUCAUCUCUCGCCUUGAAGGAAGACACACCAUUAUGUACGGUAUACUGUAUAUCAUUAUGUUAUUGAAACCGCUUUCACUGAAUCACUCAAUAGUAUUAAUUUGUCAUUGACUAUUGAAAAGUACAUCCACCAUGUAGAUGUAAAUAAAGUGCAACCUCCUUUUCUGUACGACACAAAUGUCUUGGUUUUCGUAUACUGUCUCGGUUAUCGUCCUGCCAAAAGUGCACACAGUAACAAACAAGCCGAGAGCACAAACAAAGCAUCCACACAUUGUUGACUCGGUCUCUAUGAAGAAUCGAUAGUGGUUCUUUUAGAGUUGGGACGCUGUACUGUAGACAGAUUGUGGCCAGGGAAUCCGUUAAUCAUCUUUAUAUAUGUGUGGUUUAUUUUUAUUUACACAGAACAAUGAACAACUCUGUCGCUUUUCUGCCUCCUUUCAAGCACUGAGCCACGCUAAUGAGGUGUUCAAGUGCACUGCGUAUUUCUGAGUGAUAGAGGAAUCUAUGCUUUUUUAAAUUUACAGUUGGACAGCUGGAAAAAAAUUACAAGUGCCAGAAUUUUGAUAAAGAAGAAAUAAAUGAUAAAGUGAAAAUUCAAGAAAGAACACAAAAUACGAAGGUCGCAUCUGUUACAAUAACAUUCUAAUGUAAAGGUUCCAUAGUUAACACAGGUUGCAGGGGGAAUCGUUUAUUGGAGACACAUAUCAGAAAGAGAGCAAGGUCAGUGUGUGUAAAGAUGAAGUAAAUGCUGUUUAAGUUUACAAUAAAGUUCAAGUGAGCAAGUAUGCAGCUCUAACCGUCUACUCUUUAAAAUGAAGUUUGUUAAAGACUAGAGUGAAACAGCGUCCACAUGGCUCUUCCAUCCUUCCCCCCACUCAUCUCUGUGUUUCCUGGGUUUCAAUUAAAGUAAAAGUCAUAUCUAAUGUUCAUUUAUCCAUUUACUUCAUCAUUGAUAUGUAUUACGCUUUGUUUUCUACAUGUAAAAGUAUAGUUAUUAUCUAUAAAACGUAUGUUGUGUUAAUAUUUUUGGGUGUCUGCAAUGCAUUAAUUAGACGUACAUAAUUUCUUAUGGGAAAACUAUUUGGUUUUUGCACGUUACGGUUUUCGUCUGACCUUUUGGAACAGAUUAAUGAUGAAAAUCGAGGUGAAAGGUCCUGAUUACAGCUGUCACUCGCUACAUCACGGUUCGAACAUCACUCCCUCACUCUAUCGCAGUUUUUCAAAAAUUAAUUAGUACAUGAUAGCAGUUUUGUGGUUGACUAUGGCCUAUUAUUAGUCAUAAAAUAAGCAUAUUUAACCAAAUUGUACUAUAUUUUUAUACUUGUAAAUUAAGCAUUUACAAGUAGAAAAAUGGCUCAAUGAAUUCAAGUACAAAUACAGUAUAAGCCAUGAAGCCCACCAACUUGUUAAUGUUGUAUUCUACAGUGGUCAAUAGGUGUCAGUAAAUGUUCCGUGAGACCACCAACGAAGCAUCAGACUUGAACAACUGGCUUUUAUGACAAGUUUAAAUUAUCUCACAACAGACAUAAUAACAUAAUAUUAAUAAUAGAGAGUAAUAGGAGAGUUUUGCCUUACCAAUUGGAGUAGAGAAGGUCGUCAUAAACUUGAAGGAUGUAAUCAUAGGCAGUAUUCAUCCACUGAAUGAGAAAAAUCUGAAGGUUGAAAAUUUAAAAAAAGUAUGUUAUUAAAUCUGUCAAAAGGGCAUUCUAGUGCCUGCUGUGUCUUACAGGGGCCAUCUCGUUGUUGAGCUCUGGCAGGAUGGCGUCAGAGGUCAGAUAUGUGGGGUCCUUCUGAACAAGCUCCAGAUGCUCAUGGAGGCAGUACUUUUCCUCCUCACUGCCAUUCCAGCCACCAAUUACAGAGCGGUACAGCACCUUGCCAGACGGGCUGCGCCUCUCAAGAAUCAACACCUGCCAGAUUUGUUGGAAACAAUGACUACGUUUUUAAGGUUGAUGUUUCAUUAUCGUUGAUGAAGUUCUGAUCACAUCUACAAGACUUUGGUGCAUGCAAAAAAUGUCUAUUUGUGUGUGUGUCACUGACCUGGGGGGAGAGUACGGCCUGGUUGGGAAGCAGAGCCUGGCAGAGAGGCUGCUGCUGACUCUGGUAGACAUAUGCAAACCGCAGCACCUCUUUUCUAUUAGCUGUGGCAA